GAGACAUUUUUAAUUUAUUCAAUGCUAAACACCUUUCAAACCAAAAAUAUUUUCCGUUUUACAAAUGACUAGCUACAUUUAGAGCUAAAUCUCUGAUAGGGAUCUUGUCUAGAUGACUGACAUGACCAUCUACCACUUAAAGAAAAGUGGUUUUGAAAUCUAGGUUCUGUAACGUGGAUAUUGGCUAACACAUCACUCAGAACAUUACAAAACUAAUGUUAAAACAAACAAGGACCAAUGUAUUCUAUCAGGGUCUUUAUCAGAUCUCCAACUUUAUCUUUGACGCCAACGCGAGAGCCAAUAGCUUUUAUAAUCUGGUGUUCCCUAGAUAAUUAGUCUAGUGCAUCUGAUAAAGUAAGGUGGUCGCCAUGUAUUCUCCGAGUUGGAUGCUCUGGGCAGUUUGCUACGUUUUGAUUGUUUGUAUUACUUCUACGCAAGGAAAUGCCCAUGACCCAUGUCUUUCGCCAACGACGUGUGGUGAGUGCAUCCGCGUACCGAAUUGUGUUUGGUGUUCCCAUGCGACGAUGUCAGUCCAAAGCAACGAUAGUCGUCGAUGCCAAUUGAGAGACUUAAUGACGUACUGUCCGCUCGAGUCGCUGAUUGAUCCCAUUCCGGUAGAGAAAAUUCUUGUUGACAUUCCAGUGACUAGAUCACUCCGCAUGGAUGAACCUACUCAACUUCACCCGCAACGAGUUUCUGUCACCAAUCUACGUCAAGGUCUUGUCUUCAAUAUUUCGAUGCAAUUCAAAGUUGUGAAAAAUUACCCAGCUGACUUGUACUACUUGAUGGAUGUAUCACAUUCCAUGCUUGACGACAAGAAAAACUUAGUACGAUUGGCAGGAUCACUGGUGGAAACUAUGCGAAAUAUUACAACAGCGUUCAAAAUGGGAUUCGGCUCAUUUAUUGAUAAAAAUGUUAUCCCGUUUGUUGAAAAAACUACUGCGAGCUGUGGCCCAAGAUCUCUUCCUGAAAUCGGAUGUUCUGUAACCUAUUCGUUUAAACACGAAUUGUCGAUGAGCGCCGAUGUCAACGAAUUCACCGAAACUGUAAAUUCAACAAGUAUUGUGACAACUUUCGACGUACCAGAAGGAGGUUUUGAUGCCCUUCUUCAGGCCAUGGUGUGCAAAGAUCAAAUUGGCUGGAGGGAAAGAUCUCGACGCUUGAUUGUGUUUGCGACAGAUGCACAUUCUCAUCUCGCUGGAAACGGAAGGUUAGGAGGCAUUAUCAAGCCCAACGAUGGCUUGUGUCAUCUUGAUCCAGUAAAUGACACGUAUGUAGAAGACCUAAAUCAGGAUUAUCCAUCGCUUGGUCAAAUCAGCCGGUUUGCGAAGGACAACGACAUGAAUAUUAUCUUUGCUGUGACAAACGAUGUUGCAUUCAGUUAUCAGGAGUUUAGCAAGUUUGUUUCCGGUUCUUCUGUUGCUAUUCUUGGCCCAGAUUCAGCAAAUAUUGUGGAUCUGGUUCGCGAAACGUACGAGAAAAUUUCCUCGUCAGUUGAAAUGACUGACACAGCAGGCCCAGAAGUGAAAGUGCGUUAUUAUACAGCUUGCACCGGAACCUUGGUACAGGAAAAUAACAAAUGCGAAGGCCUAAAAGUUGGAGAUAUUGUUAACUUUACAAUAAGUAUAGAAGCAAUCGAAUGCCCGGCAAACGUAUCUGCCCGUAAACCAAUCAUACAAAUCAAACCAGUUGGCGUGAACGAAGUUCUGACAUUGGACCUCGAAAUCGUGUGCGAUUGUGCUUGUGAGAAACCCGGUGAACCCGGUUUCGGAGCAAACGCGACCCAAUGUAAUUCAGUAGGUGACUUGAAAUGUGGCGUAUGCGAUUGCGACAGCUUACACAGCGGAAGUAAUUGCGAAUGUUCAGCAGACGUAAAUAUUGCUGAUUUGGAAACGAAUUGUAAACCUGACAACUCGACAAAUGUCCUUUGUAGCGACCGGGGCGACUGCUUUUGCGGCGUUUGCGAAUGUCAAAAACGUCCUAAUCCGAUAGAGGUCAUUAGUGGGAAAUAUUGCGAGUGCGAUAAUUUUUCGUGCGAUCGUCUUGACGGAAAUCUUUGCUCCGGCCAUGGUGAUUGCAAUUGCGGCCAAUGUUUAUGUUACGCCGGAUGGCAAGGAAGUGACUGCAAUUGCAGGACAACCAACGAAACUUGCAUUCCUAUUGGUGGCGGAGAUGUGUGUUCGGGUAAUGGUGUUUGCAAUUGCGGCAGCUGCCAGUGUUCAGCUAACUCGAACGGAAGAUAUUGUGAAGAUUGUCCGACGUGUCCUAGUAGGUGCGAUGAAUUUACACCCUGCGUUCAAUGUAAAGUCUUUGAGACCGGACCUUACUCGGCUGACAACGAAGCAGUUUGCAAUAGCGAAUGCACGUAUUCCAUCAUUACGCAAGAAACGGUUCAAGUGGAGGAGACAUCCGAAAGGGAAUGUUCUUACGAGAACGAAGAAAAAUGUUCGGUAAAAUUCGUUUAUGGUUUCGAUUCGAAUGGCGCUAGACAAGUCCGCGUCCAACAAGAACCUAUUUGUCCUCCACCAAUUCCUACACUGGCUAUUGGAUUAGGAUUAUUUGGAACUCUGAUAGCACUUUUGUUGCUUGCUUUGCUAGGCUAUCGCAUCUUCACCUACGUUUACGAUAAAAGGGAAUAUGCACGGUUUCUAAACGAGAAGAAAAAUGCAAAAUGGAAUACCGACAACAAUCCUCUCUACGUUAACCCUACGGGAACGUUUAAAAAUCCCACAUACAAAUUAUAAAUCGACCUAUUUUUGCUAGCCUUCGAACAUCGCAAUUAAUCACCGAUAUCACUGAUCUGAAAAGGGAUCAAUUCAAUAUCAACAAUAACGUAAUCACUGUAAUCCCACAUGAACAACUUGGACUUCCUAGCAUAGAAAACUACCACGUUUAGUCAAGCUAAUGUAUUUGAAGGAAAUCAAAAGAGACUCUAGUUGUAACUAAAAGAAUGUGCAAGUGCAACGAAAUAAAAUCAAAACAAAAACAAA